AUGUACACCCCCAAAGUCGGCGAUCGCGUCGACGAUCUCGACACACCAUCCAUGAUCGUAGAUCUGGAUCUGAUGGAAGCCAAUAUCCAGAAGCUCAUGGGGAAGCUCUUGCCGACUGGUCUGAAUAUUCGGCCUCAUCUCAAGACGACCAAGAGUGCGAUUCUCGCCAACAAGCUGGUCGCGGCGGGCGCAAAGGGUGGCUGCGUCGCCAAGAUCAGCGAAGCAGAAGCCAUCGCUGCUGCUGGCUUCGAUGAUCUUCUUAUUACCUGUGAGAUCAUUGGCCCAGCCAAAGUCAAGCGCUUAGUGGAGCUGUAUCGAAAACAUCGGAAGAUCCGGAUUGUGAUCGACAGCGAGACUGGCGCCAGUGCGAUUAACAAUGCGUUGGUGGCGUCUGGCAUCGAGGAGCCUAUCUCGGUGUUAAUUGAUCUUGACGUCGGACUUCAUCGGACUGGCGUGGCCCCAGGCGAGCCUGCUCUUGCUCUCGCGCACCACAUUGCUGGGUUGAAGCAGUUGAAGCUCAUCGGCGUUCAAGGCUACGAGGGCCAUCUGCAGCAUUUACACGAUCGAGAGGAUCGCAGAACCCAGUGUUUGCAAUCAAUGGAAAUCUUGACAGGAACCGCGGAGUCGCUCCGCCAGGCUGGGUUUGGCAUUGAGGUUGUCACAACGGGGGGAACGGGCACAGCGGAAUUCUGUGCCACGGUGCCUGGCGUCACCGAACUUCAGCCCGGAUCGUUCAUCUUCAUGGACACGGACUACAGGAAUGCCGUGGGCACGUUCUACUCCAACAGCUUCACCAUCCUCUCCACCGUGGUCAGCAAGCAGGGGCCUCGUGCUGUCACCAUUGACGCUGGCCUGAAGUCGUUGACCACAGAUAGCGGCUUGGCCGAGUGCAAAGACCCGCGAUACGCGUACGGCGUAUUGGGCGAUGAACAUGGUUCUUUGACUUGGGAUGAAGGCACGCCAUCACUUGCUGUUGGCGACCGUGUCCAAAUGAUUCCAAGUCACAUUGAUCCCACCGUUAACUUACAUGACUUCUACUAUGCGUACCGUGCAGGUGUUGUUGAGGAGAUUUGGCCAGUCGAUUCGAGAGGAAAGGUUCAAUAA